AGGGCGGGCGUAUUCAAUGGAAAUAUGUUACCAGCUGCCGGUGCUGCCCCUGGACAGGCCGGUCCCCCAGCACGUCCUCAGCCGCCGAGGAGCCAUCAGCUUCAGCUCCAGCUCCGCGCUCUUCGGCUGCCCCAAUCCCCGGCAGCUCUCCCAGAGGCGUGGAGCUAUUUCCUAUGACAGUUCUGAUCAGACUGCAUUAUACAUUCGUAUGCUUGGAGAUGUACGCGUAAGGAGUCGAGCAGGAUUUGAAUCAGAAAGAAGAGGUUCUCAUCCAUAUAUCGAUUUUCGUAUUUUUCAUGCUCAAUCUGAAAUUGAAGUUUCUGUGUCUGCAAGGAACAUCAGAAGGUUAUUGAGUUUCCAACGGUAUCUUAGAUCGUCACGCUUUUUUUGUGGUACUACCGUUUCAAAUUCUCUAAACAUUUUAGAUGAUGAUUAUAAUGGACAAGCCAAGUGUAUGCUGGGAAAAGUUGGAAAUUGGAAUUUUGAUAUCUUUCUAUUUGAUAGACUAACAAAUGGAAAUAGUCUAGUAAGUUUAACCUGCCAUUUAUUUAGUCUUCAUGGACUAAUUGAGUACUUCCAUUUAGAUAUGGUGAAACUCCGUAGAUUUUUAGUUAUGAUUCAAGAAGAUUACCACAGUCAGAACCCUUACCACAAUGCAGUCCACGCUGCAGACGUCACUCAGGCCAUGCACUGUUACUUACGAGAACCUAAGCUUGCCAACUCUGUAACUCCUUGGGAUGUCUUGCUGAGCUUAAUUGCAGCUGCCACUCAUGAUCUGGAUCAUCCAGGUGUUAAUCAACCUUUCCUUAUUAAAACUAACCAUUACUUGGCAACUUUAUACAAGAAUACCUCAGUACUGGAAAAUCACCACUGGAGAUCUGCAGUGGGGUUAUUGAGAGAAUCUGGUUUAUUCUCACAUAUGCCAUUAGAGAGCAGGAAACAAAUGGAGACUCAGAUCGGUGCUUUGAUACUAGCCACAGACAUCAGUCGCCAAAACGAGUAUCUGUCGUUGUUUAGGUCCCAUUUGGAUAGAGGUGACUUAUGCCUGGAAGAUGCCAGACAUAGGCAUUUGGUUUUACAGAUGGCUUUGAAAUGUGCUGAUAUUUGUAACCCAUGUCGGACCUGGGAAUUAAGCAAGCAGUGGGGUGAAAAAGUAACAGAGGAAUUCUUCCAUCAAGGAGACAUAGAGAAGAAGCAUCAGCUGGUUGUGAGUCCGCUUUGUGACCGUCAGACGGAGUCGAUUGCCAACAUCCAGAUUGGUUUUAUGACUUACCUAGUGGAGCCUUUAUUCACAGAAUGGGCCAGGUUUUCCAAUACCAGGCUGUCCCAGACGAUGCUCGGGCACGUGGGGCUGAAUAAAGCCAGUUGGAAGGGACUGCAGAGGGAGCAGUCCAGCAGCGAGGACACCGAAGCUGCCCUUGAGGAGUUGAACUCACAGUUAUUACCUCAGGAAAACCGGUUGUCAUAGCCCAGAGUCAGUGCAUCAGGCUGCCCCCUGGAAAUUGUUAGAAAUGUGAAGUGGGGGCUGGAGGUGAGGGAACCAACUCGGCCGCCCAGGUUUCCAGUUCCAGCUGACUGGGUGCUGUGAGCAUUAUUCAUGUCCAGGAUGCCCUCUUUUGGAUCAUUUGAACCCACUUUUUAAUGAGACCUGAACAUACAGCAAUAUGGAUUUGGCUCUCACGUGAAACCUUGAAUCCGCAAAGCCCAGCAGGAGUGAAUCCGGAAGGAGAAACAAAGGAGGUUUUGUGGAGUGACUCGUGUUUCUCACAGCGUUUAUUCUCUGAACCAUGAAACUUGAACUGAAUCUUUCAGCAGAAAUCUCUUGGAAUUUAACCAGUCUGAUGCAACAUUGUGUAUCUGUCCCUUCCACCGAGUUCUCUCUGAAAAAUGGAAAUGUGAAGUGCCCAGCCCCUGCUGCCUCUGGCGAGACUCGAUGUUUACAAAUCCACUCUGAAAUACUGGUUCUAAACUGCCUUGGAGCAUAAUUGCGAAGGAACCACUAAGAAUUUUAAAGAUCAAACUUUAAACUGCAGCUCCUUCCCCCUGGUUUGCCUUUUUUCUUCUUUGGAUGCCACCAAAGCCUCCCAUUUGCUCUAGUUUUACUUGUGCACUGGAAACUGUGCAUUAGCAUAGAGUACGCCAAGCUUUCCCUCCAGUGCUGUUUGGCAGUGCCCUUUUUUAAACUAUUAGUUUUGAUUUGGGGCGGGAGGGGAAGAACACCAGUGUCCUAGCUGUAUUAUGAUUCUGCAGUGGAGACAUUGCAUGUUGUUUUCACUACUGUACACUUGACCUGCACAUGCAAGAAAAGGUGGAAUGUGUAAAACACCAUAAUCAGCUCAGGGUAUUUGCCAAUCUGAAAUAAAGUGGGAUGGGGAAGUGUGUCCUUCAGAGCAAGGGUACUAAAGUCCCUUUCGCUGCAGUGAGAGGUAUGUUGUGUGUGAAUGGGCGGAUGUGUGUCUGUGUGCAUGUUGUGCAUGUGUGACUGUGCAUGUGUUCUAUUUAUCCAUGUGGGAAAGGUUGGACAUGUAUGCUUUUAUUUAUUUUAGAAUGUGAUAUAAUGAGCAGCCACACCUGGGGGGAGGGCGGGGAGGGGAGCUGAACAGAUUGCUCCAGUUGCCUUAAACUAUGCACAAAGCUAAGUGACCAAACUUCUUGUUUUGAUUUGAAACAAGUGCAUUGUUUUCUUGUCUCCCCCUUCCCCCCUUUUUGAUGAAACAUUACCCUUUGAUGGGCCUUUUGAUGUGAACAGAUGUUUUCUAGGACAAAAAUCUAAGGACUAAUUUUAAACUUAAAACAUUCCACUUUUGUAAUUUGUUUUAAAUUGUUUCAUGUAUAGUAAGCACAACUGUAAUCUAGUUUUAAGAGAAACCAGUGCUUUCUUUUAGUUUAAUUGUAUUUCCCUUGUUACUGUAAAAGACUGUUUAUUAAUUAUGUUUACAGUUUGUUGCAACAGCCAUUUCUUGGGAGAAAGCUUGAGUGUAAAGCCAUUUGUAAAAGGCUUUGCCAUACUCAUUUUAAUAUGUGCCUGUUGCUGUUAAAUUUUGAUAAAUAAAAACCUAUCUUUUCACAUUU